AUGUCGGCCCUUGAUGACUCAGUGUGUGUGCAGGUUCCGGCAACUCCGCUGGACGAGAAGAAGACUUUGAUCGAGGGUAACACAGAGAAGUUUGUCGUCGACGAGGUCUCCGGCUGGCUCCGGGUGUUCUCCGACGGAACGGUGGACAGAACCUGGACCGGACCCCCGGAAGUCCAGUUCCUUGCUACCCCAUAUUUCCCCUCCUCCGCCAACGCUGCCGCCGACGGCGUCACCGUCCACGACCUCACCGUCGAUACCUUCUCUGGUCUGGCCCUCCGCGUCUACCUCCCCGCCGGUUCUGAAGCUGAAGUAGGGGAGCACUUCCCCGUUCUCCUACACUUCCACGGGGGGGGCUUCUGCAUUAGCCGCCCCAGCUGGCACAUGUACUACCAGUUCUACGCGCGCCUCGCCGCCGCGACAGGCGCAGCCGUGGUGUCAGUCUACACUCGGCCCGCCCCAGAGCACCGCCUCCCCGCCGCCGUGGACGACUGCUUCGCCGGCCUCCUGUGGCUCCGUUCCCUCGCGCAGUCUCCCCCCCCCCCCGCCGCCGCCGCCUCCUCCUCCGGCGAUCACCCUGCCGUCGCCGCCCUCCGCCGCCGCGGGGACUUUUCUCGCGUGUUCCUCAUCGGAGAAAGCUCCGGGGGGAACCUGGUACACGAGGUGGCGGCGCUCGCCGGAAGGCAAGAGGACGACUUCUGGGCGCCGCUGCGUCUCGCCGGCGCGGUGCCGAUCCACCCGGGAUUUGUGCGAUCAACUCGGAGCCGGUCGGAGAUGGACUGCAGUCUUGAGACUCCCUUCCUUACUUUGGACAUGCUGGACAAGUUUCUCUAUCUAGCGCUGCCGGAGGGCGCCACCAAGGAUCACCCGAUCACCUGCCCCAUGGGACCGCAGGCGCCGGAGAUGGCGGGUCUGCGGAUGCCGCCGGUGAUGGUGGUUGUGGCGGAGCGGGACCUGAUCAGGGACACCGAAAUGGAGUAUUGCGAGGCCAUGAAGGCGGCCGGGAAGGAGGUGGAGGUGGUGGAGGAGUCCGGGGUGGGCCACAGCUUCUAUCUCAACAAGCUCGCCGUUGACUUUGAUCCCCACGUUGGAAGCCAGACGGCGGCGCUAAUCGAGUCCAUCAAGGACUUCGUCAACCGCCACUGA